UGUUAAUGCUGUACUUAGAACGGCCAGAGUGCGCUGCGCAUGACGCCCCGAGGUGUAAACAAAGAGUCAAGUGAAGUCCGGGAAUUAUUGACAAAAUGGGACCAUUAUCAAUCUUGUUUCUCUGUUCACUAUCUACAGUCGGCUCUAUCGAUAUAACUGGUGGCUUUUUUAAACCACGGCCAUAUCAUCCCAAUCUCCGUUACUAUGAAUUUAUUGAUUCUUCUGCCUUCAAGCAUCACAUUGUCAAGAGGGGAACAAAAGAGAGUACCCAUCGCUUUAAUAAGAUCAAGGAAGUGCAGUUUAGUGCUUUAGGACGAGACUUUCGGUUGAUUCUUAAUCCUCGGAAAGGACUUCUUCACCCUCAGUUUAAAGCUUAUGCUGUUGAUGGGGCUGGUAAUGAGCAAAUUAUUCAUGUUGACCAUGAGAAUUUCUAUGAAGGCCGUGUGUUUGGGGAAAAAGUGUCAGAUGUUUCAGCUCACUUAGAAGAUGGCAUAAUGACAGCUACAAUACACACUCCAGAAGAUACGUACCAUGUAGAACCAUCAUGGCGGCAUGCACCAGACACCAGUGAGGAUUCCAUGAUAGUUUAUCGUGGCUCAGACGUGAAAUACAGUUGGGAGGACAAACGGCCGAUGUGUGAUUAUGUCAAAGAAGGAAAUGAAACUACAGAAAAGGAUGAUGAAGAUGAAUGGGUGGAAGGAUAUGAGCCACCUGAUGGUGUCUUACUAGAUGCUUCUGUAGAGAACUUGAUCAGUGGACCUAGACGGAGAGUGAAACGACAACAGGCGGAAGCAUACAACUUCAAUGGCGAGAAAACCCGUUGCCCUUUGCUUUUAGUGGCAGACUAUAGAUUUUUCAAGGAGAUGGGCGGCUCAAAUUAUAAGACGACUGUGAAUUACCUGAUCAGCCUUAUUGAUCGGGUUGACAAGAUCUAUGAGAACACUGUGUGGCGAGAUGCUACCGAUAACGGAGGUUUUUCAGGAAUGGGAUUUGUGAUCAAGAAGAUUCUUGUGCACCAGGAAUGGACACCUAUAGCCUCCAACCAGGUGCACUACAAUAUGGAGAGGAACUCUUGGGAUGUACGUAACCUUCUCGAGGUGUUUAGCCGUGAAUACUCUCAUAAGGAUUACUGCUUGGCACAUCUCUUCACGGACAUAAAGUUUGAAGGGGGUAUCCUUGGUCUAGCUUAUGUAGGAUCCCCUCGCAGAAAUUCCGUUGGGGGGAUCUGUACACCAGAAUACUUCAAGAAUGGUCACACUCUCUACCUGAAUUCGGGCCUCAGCUCUUCCAGGAAUCAUUAUGGUCAGCGGGUUAUCACCCGUGAGGCUGAUCUGGUCACGGCUCAUGAAUUUGGUCACAAUUGGGGUUCAGAACAUGACCCUGACAGGCCAGAAUGCAGUCCAAGUGCCAGCCAGGGUGGAUCAUAUCUCAUGUACACCUACUCAGUGUCGGGAUAUGACAUCAACAAUAAGAGAUUUUCUCCAUGUAGCCUUCGAGCAAUUCGUGCAGUAUUGGUAGCCAAGUCUUCUCGGUGCUUUACGGAACCAGAAGAAUCGUACUGUGGAAACCAGCGAGUAGAAGGGCAGGAAGAAUGUGAUGCUGGACUGGUGGGACAAGAUGAUAUUGACCACUGUUGUGAUAAGCACUGCAAAUUACGUGGACAUGCUACUUGCAGUGAUCGUAAUUCUCCGUGCUGCCAGAGCUGUCAGUACAUGAACCAUGGAAUAAAGUGUCGUGAGAAGCAGCCAGCCACUUGUGAAAAUGAGUCGAGGUGCUUGGGCACGAAGGCUGAAUGCCCUAAAGCAAAACCCAUGGAAGAUGGCACACCUUGUAUUGAGAAAGGACAGUGUCUCCAGGGUAAUUGUCUCCCAUAUUGUGAGACACAAGACAUGCAGAGUUGCAUGUGUGAUACAAUUGAUGAUGCUUGCAAAAGAUGUUGUCGCAAGACCCUCAAUGACACAUGUUUUCCGGUGAUGCCUGUUGACAUCCUUCCUGAUGGUACUCCUUGCAUCCAUGGCUUUUGCAACAAGGGUAAAUGUGAGAAGACAGUACAAGAUGUUGUAGAGCGCUUCUGGGAUAUCAUUGAAGAUAUCAAUAUCAAUACAGUUUUGAUGUUCCUUCGUGACAACAUUGUGGGGACAGUCAUCAUUGUCUCUGUCAUAAUUUGGGUUCCGGCAUCCUGCAUAUUUAGCUACGUUGAUCGUCGUCGUCAGGACGAAUAUCGCAAGGAGUGUGAGGAGUAUAGAAAACUUGCACAACGUUGGUUGACGAGGACAACAAGUCACGGCUUUCCUUUCCCUAAACACACUGCUGGAUUUGUGGAUGUUGUGGAUGCUGCAACACAUCUUCUCACUACCACCUCUACUUAGUUUUAUGCACCCUGUUCACUCUGUUAUUUCAGGCACAAGUCAACCACUUUUCUUUUAUAUGUAUCUAUGAGUGAAAAGCUUAAUUUUGUGUUUGAAUAUUAAUUAUUUUUAAGUUUGUCUUCCUCUUGCCCCACACUCUUACCUAGUUAUAUUAGUAAGUUGGUCAGUUUUUUGCUUUAGCAUAAUUCUUCAGCCAAAGAUUAUUUGCAACAUAUUGCUAGUCAGUCCGCAUUAUACUGUUAUCAUCCCCAAAAAUGUUCAAGCUAAAAUUUUCCUUUUGGUACCUGCAGCUUUUUUUAGCCUUAAUAAUGUUUAAAUAAGUAAUAUUUAUUAUUUCCAUACAUCUCAGGACAGAUAUAGUGAAGCAGAAGGUUAGAAAUCUUUGAGUCAAUUGACACUGCCUUAGAUAUUGUUGUAUAUGUUUGUUCUGAAAAGAAAAAAAGCCUGUACUGGAUUAUGGCAUAAUUGUCUCUGGGUGCAUGCAAGUACAGUAUUUUCCUUGUAGUACAUUACUCUUGUAUCAAUAUAGAUGUUUUGAUGAAAUUUUAUAUGAAUUUAUAUCAUCAUUAGACACCACAGGAAACAUAAUUCAGAUUAAAGCAUCAAAUGUCAGGGUCACAGCUGAGGAUCAAAUUUCAAAUUGUCAGUGGAUCAAUUAUGUACUGUACUAAAGUACUGAUGUUCAACUUUUCAGAAUUUUAAGCAUGAAUACUAUUUUUUAUUCCGUUGUAUAAUUAUUAGUUUUAAUAAGAAAUCUAAUUGUUGUCCACAGAUGAAUUGAUAUUAUCAAGAUUUUGUUUGAUAUGUAUAGAGUUUUGCUCUUCAAAAUGGGUAUGUAUUAUGUACAAUAGACCCUCAUUAUGUUAAGAGUGGGACCGAGAAUUACAGGGGAAUAGUGAAAUAUGAUUUAUUGAUGUAUAUACAGUACUUCAGUUGAUAAUGUAGGUACUGUACAGGCCUGGAGCCCCAAACAAUACACCCAAGGAAUUCCUUUAAGGGAUUCAUUUUACCUGAAUUGUAAUUUCAUGCACUCCAUACUAACGUGCUACAGCUGAAGAACCUGCACCCUGCCUAAGGUCAUCCAGUAUAUUUAUUUUUUCUUUGAUGGAGAAAGUCUAUUGAGAUUUCUUGGCACUUGGAGUUUUAGAAGAAGGACUUGAGAAACACUAGGCAUCUUGAAAUGUUGAUGGGAACUGGUGAUUAUUGCUCAUGGUUGAAAGUUAUGUAGAGGGAGAGUGAGUGUCCACACGACACAUUGGUUGAGCAUAAAACUGCAUAGCAAACAUGACUAGCCUAAGGUGAGACACCAAUGUUGCCAUCUAGUAAGAUGCUUGGGAAAUUUUUACUUGUCAGCUGAUUCCUUGGCAUCGGCUCAUGAAUCUGGUGGGCCAUUUGAAAAAGAAAAAUU